AUGCGAAGAGACAACUCUUAUGCUAAACUAGGAGAAAUGACAUUGAUGGUGAAUGAAAGGAUUGUGCUCAGGCACAAGGUUUUCAAGGAAGGGCUAAAGGUGGAUAAAGCGAAGAUUGAGGCCAUUGAAAAGCUUCCACCUCCAGCAAAUUUGAAGGCUGUAAGGAGUUUCCUGGGACAUGCAGGAUUCUACCGUCGUUUUGUGAAAGACUUUUCAAAGAUAGCUCGACCAUUAAGUGCGUUGCUAGAGGCCGACAGAACUUUUGACUUUGAUACACAAUGCUUCAAUGCAUUCAAAAUACUGAAGAACACAUUAAUUAUCGCGCCUGUUUUGAUCACACCUGACUGGACAAAGCCCUUUGAGCUAAUGUGCGAUGCAAGUAGUUAUGCAAUGGGGGCAAUAUUAGCAUAG